AUGGGAGACGCUCAUAUGGCGGAGUUCGGGCCCGCAGCCCCUUACCUGAGGAAGUCGGACAGAGAGCGUCUGGAGGCCCAGACCCGUCCCUUCGACAUGAAGAAGGAAUGUUUUGUGCCUGACACCGAAGUGGAAUUUGUCAAGGCUUCCAUCACCAGCAGAGAUGGUGACAAAGUCACCGCUGACACUGCGAACGGGAAGGUUAGUAAGCUGUGAGAGAGCUGCUCAACCAGGACACCUAGUGAUGAUAAGAUUAUAUUUUAACAAAAUAUGACUUUAUAUGCAAUAUGACACCAAUAAUGCCAGAAACUACUGGAUCUAAACACUUCUGUGCUACAUUUACUGUAAUUUUUUGGGGGGGGAAAUGUAACUGUCUAAUACUCCAUUUUGAUGUACUGUUGGUGAACUACUGUUUUAAAAAUGACUGACAAAUAGUUCAACAGUACUUGCUUUUGUGACACUGAUCAUUUAUUUUUACAGACUGUGACUGUGAAGGAGUGUGACGUCCACCCUCAGAACCCGCCAAAGUUUGAUAAAAUUGAAGACAUGGCGAUGUUCACCUUCCUUCAUGAGCCAGCUGUGCUGUUCAACCUCAAAGAGCGUUAUGCAGCAUGGAUGAUCUACGUGAGUUCACACAUGCUGGAUUUAUUCUCAAUUUCUUAACACUGUGGAAUAAAACAAAGUAGAUAUUCUGACCUGAAGAGGUACUAUCUCUAAUAAAUCAAAAUCCAACUGAAUAGCCUAUCAGCCAAACACCCAACAAGCAUUUUUUGGUAUUCAGACCCCUUCCCCUUUUCCGUAUUUUGUUACAUUACAGCCUUAUUCUAAAAUUGAUUAAAUAAAUAAAAAAUCUCAUCAAUCUACACAAUACCCCAGAAUGACAAAGCGAAAACAGAUUUUUAGAAAUUUUUGCAAACUUAUACAAAAACCUGAAAUACCUUAUUUACAUAAGUAUCAGACCAUUGGCUAUGAGACUCAAAAUUGAGCUCAGGUGCAUCCUGUUUCCAUUGAUCAUCCUUGAAUUUUUUCUACAACUUGAAUCGAGUCCACCUGUGGUAAAUUCAAUUGAUUGGACAUGAUUUGGAAAGGCACACACCUGUCUAAAUAAGGCAUAAAUGGUUAAAUAAAUAAAAAGUCUAUAUAAGGUCCCAGGGUUGACAGUGCAUGUCAGAGCAAAAACCAAGCCAUGGGGUUGAAGAUAUUGUCCAUAGAGCUCUGAGACAGGAUUGUGUCGAGGCACACAUCUGGGGAAGAAGUUCUUAAAUGGAAGAAUUUGGAACAACCAAUACUCUUCCUAGAGCUGGCCACCCGGCCAAACUGAGCAAUCGGUGGAGAAGGGCCUUGGUCAGGGAGGUGACCAAGAACCCGAUGGUCACUCUGACAGAGCUCCAGAGUUCUGUGGAGAUGGGAGAACCGUCCAGAAGGACAACCAUCUCUGCAGCACUCCACCAAUCAGGCCUUUAUGGUACAGUGGCCAGACGGAAGCCACUCCUCAGUAAAAGGCACAUGACAGCCCGUUUGGAGUUUGCCAAAAGGCACCUAAAGGACUCUGAGACCAUGAGAAACAAGAUUCUCUGGUCUGAUGAAACCAAGAUUUAACUAUUUGGCGUGAAUGCCAAGCGUCACGUCUGAAGGAAACCUGGCACCAUCCCUACGGUGAAGCAUGGUGGUGGCAGCAUCAUGCUUUGGGGAUGUUUUUCAGCGGCAGGGACUGGGAGACUAGUCAGGAUCGAGGGAAAGAUGAACAGAGCAAAGUACAGUGAGAUCCUUGAUGAAAACCUGCUCCAGAGCGCUUUGGACCUCAGACUGGGGCAAAGGUUCACCUUCAAACAGGACAAUGACCCUAAGCACACAGCCAAGACAACACAGGCGUGGCUUCUGGACAAGUCUCUGAAUGUCCUUGAGUGGCCCAGCCAGAGCCCAGACUUGGACCUGAUCGAACAUCUCUGGAGAGACCUGAAAAUAGCUGUGCAGCGACGCUCCCCAACCAACCUGACAGAGCUUGAGAGGAUCUGCAGAGAAGAAUGGGAGAAACCAAAUACAGGUGUGCCAAGCUUGUAGCAUCAUACCCAAGAAGACUUGAGGCUGUAAUUGCUGCCAAAGGUGCUUCAACAAAGUACUGAGUAAAGCGUCUGAAUACUUAUGUAAAUGUGAUAUUUCUAAAAACCUGUUUUUGCUGUGUCAUUAUGGGGUAUUGUGUGUAGAUUGAAGAGGAAAGAAAACAAUUUUAUCCAUUUUAGAAUAAGGCUGUAAUGUAACAAAAUGUGGAAAAAGUCAAUGAGUCUGAAUACUUUCCGAAUGCACUGUAUACCCAACCAAUCUUAGAUUCAACUGCACAACAAUCUGGUUAGGCCAAGUAAUCACAAUAAUAAAUGUAGGCCUAAUAUCAUACUCUGUAUUUUAUCAUACUCUAUGAAAUAUGAACUUUCAGUUUUUGUAUUUUGACUCCUUCCUGUUUCUACAGACCUACUCCGGGCUGUUCUGUGUCACUGUCAACCCCUACAAGUGGCUGCCAGUGUAUAACCAGGAGGUGGUCUCAGCCUACAGAGGCAAGAAGAGGAGUGAAGCUCCUCCUCACAUCUUCUCUAUCUCCGAUAACGCUUAUCAGUACAUGCUGACAGGUAAACUCACUAAGAUGACUAACAAUAUCUUAUUCAACUUUUACCCAAUAGAUAUUCAAACAUUACGGUACUAAUAGAGUAGUAUAUUCUAAGAAAAAAAUAUGUGACCAUGUCCUUAUAUCUAUUUCAGACAGGGAGAACCAAUCCAUUCUUAUCACGUGAGUUUUCUCUCCUUUUCAUCAAGCUGAAUUUGUCUCCUCUUUUUAGGUCUUACAUUGUCUGACAGUGACAUCGAAGUGUUGCUACUGUAUAUAAUCAUAAUGUGGCUGUACACUGUGAUAAAUGGAUGGAUUAAUUGGAAAGUAUUGCAUUGACAAACCAAUGAAAUUUAAAUAUUUGUGUUAUUUUAACUACCUCAAUUUGGACUGUUGUGUUGAUACAUCUGAUUAACAGUGGAUAAAACAUGCACUUUGAAUUCAGUGACAGGCAUCCUGUGAUUCCUGAUAAGAAGAAGGAACUUUUAAAAAACAUUGAAGCCUGGUUGGAGGCUGAGGGCAAAUUAAGGUUGAACAGUCAGUACAUGCCAGCAUUGGUGAAUGGAGGAAAUAUUAAUGGUGAUACGAUGGGCCAUGGCUGGUACGGUCUAACACAGCUUACCAAUUGAAAAGGACUUGGCUGAGAUCAUUAAGAUUGAGCAUCUACGCUAAAAUAAAAGCCCAUAGGGCUAACAUUGUGUUUGCAUGGGACUUCUUGCUCUUGCUUGAUGUUGGGCACCAGGAGAAAAGCGAUAUUAUAUCUUGAAAACUUGAAUGUUGACAUGCAACAUUUUGUAGGAUUGUAUCAAAAGUGGACUAAUGAAGAAUAUACAAGAAAAUGGUUUUCGUAUGGCUGUUUUUUAGGGGAUGGGGGACUAGUGAGCUAAUUGUUGCCCUUAGGGUGUAGCUCAGUUGGUAGAGCGUGGCGCUUGCAACGCCAGGGUUGUGGCUUCGAUUCCCACGGGGGAUUAGUAUGAAAAAAGUAUGAAAAUGGAUGCAUUCACUGCUGUAAAUCGCUCUGGAUAAGAGCAUCUGCUAAAUGACUUAUUUUACUGUUGUAUACUGUAUUUGUAUCCUCAGUGGAGAAUCUGGUGCUGGGAAGACUGUCAACACCAAGAGAGUCAUUCAAUACUACGCCAGUAUUGCAGCUGUAGGAGGAAAGAAGGAUACAGCCUCUGAGAAAAAGGUUAGCUUGUUGAAUAAACAGAUAACAUGUUCUCUAAUGGCACCUUACCCUGUAUUUUGACUGUUACUGUAAUCAAAACACUGCAAUGAAUACUUCCAGGGGACUCUGGAGGAUCAAAUCAUCCAGGCUAACCCAGCUCUGGAGGCAUUUGGUAACGCCAAGACCAUUAGAAAUGACAACUCCUCAAGAUUCGUACGUUUCUAUCCACAGACCAUUAUGAUCACACUACCAUUGAAACAUACAACAUAUGAUACAAGGCACAUAAUAUAUUCACUAUAUAUGUUAAUUGUAUGCCAAAAUGAAUGAUUGGUUCUCUUGAACUUUUCUUCAGGGCAAAUUCAUCCGAAUUCAUUUUGCUGCUAGUGGAAAGCUAGCCUCUGCAGACAUUGAGACUUGUAAGGAAUAUUCAAAUCAAAUCAUCUAUCAACUAUUCUCAUAUAUACAAUAAUGUUAAACUGCUUCCUUCAAUAAACUUUUCCGUCUUGCAUUAUUACAGAUUUGUUAGAGAAGUCCCGUGUGACUUUCCAGCUCAAGGCUGAGAGAGACUAUCACAUUUUCUACCAGAUUCUGUCCCAAAGGAAACCAGAGUUGCUUGGUAAAUAAAGAAUACUGCCAUCCAUGUACUAACUAAAACAUACCCUUGCUCGGAUCUCACUAGAUUUGACAGAAUCUGACAUUUCUGUUUGCUUUUCAGAGAUGUUGCUCAUCACCAACAACCCCUAUGACUACCAAUUCAUCUCCCAAGGAGAGACAACUGUAGCCUCCAUCGAUGAUGGUGAUGAGUUGUGUGCCACUGAUGUGAGUAAAGAUUGAUGGUUGGUUCAUCUGGUGCCAUAUCUGUUUUAAGUGUAUUACCUUAAUGUAUUUAUUGGUGCACUGGUAGCAUACUAUCUCUCUCUUUUUCUCAUUUAGGAAGCGUUUGAUGUCCUGGGCUUCACUCAGGAGGAGAAGAAUGGCAUUUACAAGCUGACUGGUGCCAUCAUGCACUAUGGCAACAUGAAGUUCAAGCUGAAGCAGCGUGAGGAGCAGGCAGAGGCUGAUGGCACUGAGGGUGAGGGGGACUUAAUUAAGCAAACAAACCUCAGUGUUGAUGAUACAUCUUAAAGACAGUAAGUUAACUAAUAUUAUAAUGUAUCGUUUCAUUUUAUUUCUCCUAAGAUGCUGACAAAGUGUCAUAUCUGAUGGGCCUGAACUGUUCUGACCUCAUCAAGGGUCUCUGUCACCCAAGGGUCAAAGUAGGGAACGAGUGGGUCACCAAGGGGCAAACUGUCCAACAGGUGAGUCAGAAAUGACUUAUAACAAAGAUCUGAAAACGCUAAGAACUCAGAGCUCAAUGUUAAUCAGGAAAGGUUCAUAACCAUAACAAUAACGUUUUUUCUAUUUAAUUAAAGGUGAACUAUUCCAUUGGUGCACUGUCAAAGUCAGUGUAUGAAAAGAUGUUCCUCUGGAUGGUGGUGAGAAUCAACCAAUCCUUGGACACCAAGCAGCCUCGCCAGUACUUCAUUGGUGUAUUGGACAUUGCUGGGUUUGAGAUCUUUGAUGUGAGCUGAAGUGAUAUUCAAUAUGAUACUUGAUUUUUUUAAAUAUUUUUUUUUACCUCAAUCUAUUAGGAAUACUUCCAAGUUGUAAAACGAUUUGUUAUAUACAGUAACUUAAGUUCACCUCUCUGCUGCAGUACAACACCUUUGAACAGCUCUGCAUCAACUUCACCAAUGAAAAGCUGCAACAGUUUUUCAACCACCACAUGUUUGUGCUGGAGCAAGAGGAGUACAAGAAAGAGGGAAUUGAAUGGGAGUUCAUUGACUUUGGCAUGGACUUGCAGGCUUGCAUUGACCUUAUUGAAAAGGUAAGAAGUAGUUAUGUUUUUCAAUAAGACAAGUGCACCUACACACAUCUAAAUGUUAUCAGGGUAUCAGUAACACUGCUCAUAUUUGUCUUCCCCUCAGCCAAUGGGUAUCAUGUCCAUCCUUGAAGAGGAGUGCAUGUUCCCCAAGGCCAGCGAUGCUACCUUUAAAUCCAAGCUUUACGACAACCAUCUUGGAAAAUCCAACAACUUCCAGAAGCCCAGGCUUAUGAAAGGGAAACCAGAGGCUCAUUUCUCCCUGAUUCACUAUGCUGGUACUGUGGACUACAAUAUUUUCAACUGGCUGGUGAAGAACAAGGAUCCACUGAAUGAGACUGUGGUCGGACUGUUCCAGAAGUCUAACCUCAAAUUGUUGACAGUGCUCUUCCAGAAUUAUGCUGGAACAGAUGCUGGUAUGCAUAUUUAUAAAAUAUAAACCAGUUCUGAAAGCACCUAGAUCAGUCCUUUACAAUAGGCAUUGUCCAGUCAAAUACAUCUAAUAAGAUAAAGUACAUUUUUAAGACGUUAUUUGAAAUCCAUUGUACUUCUCAGCUGAUGAUAGCAAGGCUAGUGGAAAGAAGAAGAAGGGAUCAUCCUUUCAGACUGUGUCUGCCUUGCACAGGGUGAGUAUGAAAAACUAAUCAAACUGUGGUGUCUAUUUAUUCAGAUUUACAGUUACAUGCAUGGUUGUAUUGCUUCUACAGGAAAACCUGAACAAGCUGAUGACCAACUUGAGGUCUACUCACCCUCACUUUGUGCGCUGCAUCAUCCCCAAUGAGACCAAGACUCCUGGGGCCAUGGAGAAUCCUCUGGUCAUGCACCAGCUGCGCUGUAACGGUGUGCUGGAAGGCAUCAGGAUCUGCAGAAAAGGCUUUCCCAAUAGGGUCCUGUAUGGAGACUUCAAGCAGAGGUAUACUAUACAUAGGUUCAACUGAAUUGGGAAACAGAUCUUCUUUUGUAAUAUGUAUUAUAUUCAAGACUAUGUAAUGCUUCAUAUAGAUACCGUAUCCUGAAUCCUGCUGCCAUCCCUGAAGGACAGUUUAUUGACAGCAAGAAAGGAGCUGAGAAAUUACUUGGGUCUUUGGAUAUUGAUCACACUCAAUACAGAUUUGGACACACUAAGGUAGAACUUUCAUAAGGAUUGUCAUACACAAUAUACAUAUAUUCUGAUGAAGAAGCAAAUAUACAUACAUUUUCAAAUGGAAUAUUUCCCAAAAGUGAAAGUGCCCAAAUGUUAAACAAUAUGGGUUAAUUCUGUAUAUAGGGAGAUGAUUUAGAUAUGCUCUACUUGAAAUCUCUUUAAGGUGUUCUUCAAGGCUGGUCUACUUGGUCAGCUGGAGGAGAUGAGAGAUGACCGUUUGUCCCUCAUUAUCACUGGAAUCCAGUCCAGAGCACGCGGUCUGCUGGCUAGAGCUGAAUUCCAGAAGAUUGUUGAACGAAGGUAAGCAUAAACAGUCACAAAUGACUUAGGAUUCUUUUAAACUAUAUCUAUAUCAAAUUCACAUUGUAGUUCCAUGCAAUAUCUGCUAAACUAUAUUUGUAAUUGUUCACAGAGAUGCAUUACUUGUGAUCCAAUGGAAUGUACGUGCCUUCAUGGGGGUCAAGAAUUGGCCCUGGAUGAAGCUAUUCUUUAAGAUCAAGCCUCUGCUGAAAUCCGCUGAGUCUGAGAAGGAGAUGGCCAACAUGAAGGAGGAGUUCUUGAAGCUAAAAGAGGCUUAUGCAAAGUCUGAGGCUCGCAGGAAGGAACUAGAAGAGAAAAUGGUCUCUCUUCUCCAAGAGAAAAAUGACUUACAGCUUUCAGUUCAGGCGGUGAGUUAAAGAUAUCAUCCCAUAAAUGAAGUAAUAUGCAUCAGAAUUGUGAUCCUUGCAAUAAUACUUAGAAAUUGUCAUUAAGCUAAUGAAACCUUUCAAAAUAGGAGCAAGAUAAUCUUUGCGAUGCUGAGGAAAGAUGUGAACAACUGAUCAAACACAAGAUUCAGUUGGAAGCCAAAUCCAAAGAGCUGACAGAGAGACUGGAGGAUGAAGAGGAGAUGAAUGCAGAACUGACCGCUAAGAAGAGGAAACUGGAGGACGAGUGCUCUGAGAUAAAGAAGGACAUUGAUGAUCUGGAGCUCACUCUGGCUAAAGUGGAGAAGGAGAAGCAUGCCACUGAGAACAAGGUCACUUUCACCUCUAUGUUCAUAAAACAAAUAAAAACUGUGGUUAUGUUGUUUGUUCAAACUUCACUUCCUAUUCACAGGUGAAGAACCUGACUGAGGAAAUGGCAGCUCUGGAUGAAAUCAUUGCUAAGCUGACCAAGGAGAAGAAAGCUCUCCAGGAGGCUCAUCAGCAAACGCUGGACGACCUGCAGAGUGAGGAGGACAAAGUCAACACUCUAACCAAGGCAAAGGCUAAGCUGGAGCAACAAGUUGAUGACGUGAGUACUUGAUGUUGUUUUGUUAGCGAUAAAGGAUAGAAAUACAGCAGAAAUCAAAUUGAUAAAACAGUAGUGUGUUUUGUGAUGAUGUUCCCCAGCUUGAAGGUUCUCUGGAGCAAGAGAAGAAGGUCCGAAUGGAUCUUGAAAGAGCCAAGAGGAAGCUUGAGGGAGACUUGAAGUUGACCCAGGAAAGCCUAAUGGACCUGGAGAAUGAUAAACAGCAACUAGAGGAGCGUCUUAAGAAGUAUGUUAAACUUUCUUUUCCAGUUUAUAUCAUUCAUGCCUUUAUUUGUUAAUUUGCCAACAAAAAAAUGCCUUUCGGCCACAGGAAAGACUUUGAGGUCAGCCAGCUGAACAGUAAAAUAGAAGAUGAACAAGCAGCUAACAUUCAGCUUCAGAAGAAACUGAAGGAGCUUCAGGUAAUUGAUCAUGUGUAAUUGAAUGUGUAACCAUGAUAAUGAAUGAAAAUACACAUUAUUUUGACUUAAGUCACCUCCAAAUAAUCUUUCAAUCUUUUCCCCCUCGCUAGGCACGAAUUGAGGAGCUGGAGGAAGAGCUUGAGGCAGAAAGAGCUGCCCGAGCCAAGGUGGAGAAGCAAAGAGCAGACUUGGCCAGAGAGCUGGAGGACAUCAGUGAGAGGCUGGAGGAGGCUGGUGGAGCCACAUCUGUCCAGAUUGAGAUGAACAAGAAGAGGGAGAAUGAGUUCCUGAAGCUCCGCAGAGACCUUGAAGAGGCCACUCUGCAGCACGAGGCUACAGCUGCCACACUCAGGAAGAAACAAGCUGACAGUGUCGCUGACCUUGGGGAACAAAUAGACAACUUGCAGAGAGUGAAGCAGAAACUGGAGAAAGAAAAGAGCGAGCUCAGGCUUGAACUUGAUGAUGUGGUCUCCAACAUGGAACAUAUUGUGAAGUCCAAGGUAUGGCCCCAUUUCAUUAUCUGGUCUUUUUGUUUCUCAUCAGAUGUGAUGCAUGAUGGAUUAUUUAAAAACUCACAUUUGUCUUGAUAUCAUGCACUUCAUUUCAGACCAAUUUAGAGAAGGCAUGCAGGACCUUGGAAGAUCAGAUGAGUGAAUAUCGGGCAAAGUAUGAGGAGGGCAUGCGCAGUAUCAAUGACUUCAGCAUGUGUAAAGCUAGGCUGCAGACAGAGAAUGGUACGUUUCUUUUCUCUUAUGACAAAUGAUCAUCAAUAUUAGAAAACAAUGCCUUCCUCCACACUGAUCAAGGCGGUGAAAUUGUUCUUAACAGUUUCGUAAUUUACUUCACUAGGUGAGCUUUCCAGGCAGCUUGAGGAGAAGGAUUCCCUUGUAUCUCAGUUAAGUAGAGGGAAGCUGUCCUACACUCAGCAGAUUGAGGACCUCAAAAGACAACUGGAGGAGGAGACAAAGGUGAGAGAUAAAUAUGUUAAUCCGAAGAUAUUUAAAAUACUGUAAUCUAUCACUUCAUCCUUAGCUAUUGAUACGAAAUGUGUGAAAAUAUUUGUCUCCCAGGCAAAGAAUGCACUAGCCCAUGCAGUGCAGUCUGCUCGACAUGAUGGUGACCUGCUUAGAGAGCAGUAUGAGGAGGAGCAGGAGGCCAAGGCUGAGCUGCAGCGUGGCAUGUCCAAGGCUAACUCUGAGGUGGCUCAGUGGAGAACUAAGUAUGAGACUGAUGCCAUUCAGAAGACUGAGGAGCUGGAGGAAGCCAAGUAAGAAAUCAUGACAGUAAUUUAUUAACUCUUCUACUAAAAUGUUCUCCAAAGAAAGACACUGUUUCUCUUCUAGCAGAUAGGCUUUUUGUUUGUGUUAUGUUUCUUCUAAAAUGUAAGACGAACAAAAAGUUUGUCUGAUAGCUGACCACGCAGCUAUUAGUAGGGAGGUAAAGUAUCCAAGGUUCAUUUACCUAUGAAGCAAAACAAAUUUCACUGCAGGCACUAAAUGUCUCCUGUUUCUGAUUCUUUAAUCCAGGAAGAAACUGGCUCAGCGCCUGCAGGAUGCUGAAGAAGCUGUGGAGGCAGUGAACGCCAAGUGUUCCUCCCUGGAAAAGACCAAACACAGACUGCAGAAUGAGAUUGAAGAUCUCAUGGUGGAUGUGGAGAGGUCUAAUGCCGCUGCUGCCGCUCUGGACAAGAAACAAAGAAACUUUGACAAAGUAAACAUUUUAAGCCAUAGAUAAAUAUGCAAAAUUAUAGGUUCAUGAUCCUUUCUUUCAAAGGACAUUUUUGUUUGAUUGUUUCCAACAGGUUCUGUCUGAGUGGAAGCAGAAGUAUGAGGAGUCUCAGUGUGAGCUAGAGAGCUCCCAGAAAGAGGCCAGGUCUCUGAGCACUGAACUCUUCAAGCUGAAGAACUCUUAUGAGGAAUCUUUGGAUCAGCUUGAGACAAUGAAGAGGGAGAACAAGAACCUCCAAGGUAAGCUCAGUACAGGCAUGUAUAUAUUUAAUUAAUGUCAACAAAGCAAUCUAAAUGCCACUGUAUGGCCUUAACCUCACAGAGGAGAUUUCCGACCUUACUGAGCAACUUGGUGAAGGAGGAAAGAGCAUCCACGAGCUGGAGAAAAUCAGGAAACAGCUGGAACAGGAGAAAAGUGAGAUCCAAUCUGCUCUGGAGGAAGCUGAGGUAGGUUCCCUCUGUCCAGAAUCAAGUCAUAAUAUAUUGUACAUACUUAUACUGUACACCUUUAUAAUAAACCUGGACCAUUAUGAUCCAACAGGCUUCUCUGGAGCAUGAGGAGGGUAAGAUUCUGAGAGCCCAGCUUGAGUUUAAUCAGGUAAAGGCUGAUAUUGAGCGCAAGCUAACUGAGAAGGACGAGGAGAUGGAGCAGUCCAAAAGGAAUUUGCAGAGGGCCAUUGAUACCCUGCAGAGCUCUCUUGAGGCAGAGUGCCGGAGCAGGACUGAGGCCCUCAGGCUGAAAAAGAAGAUGGAGGGAGACCUCAAUGAGAUGGAAAUCCAGCUCAGUCAAUCCAACAGGCAGGCAUCAGAGGCCCAGAAACAGCUUAAGAGUGUUCAUGCUCAUCUGAAGGUAAAUUAUUUUAGGUCUAUAUCUGGAUCGGAGUGUCGGCUAAAUGACUCAAAUGUAAAUGUAAAUUUAAUAACCAACUGACAAUUCAUUAUACAAAUGUCUUCUAGGAUGCCCAACUCCAGUUAGAUGACUCUCUUCGUUCCAAUGAUGAUCUGAAGGAGAACAUUGCCAUUGUAGAGAGACGCAACAAUCUGAUGCAGGCAGAGUUGGAGGAGCUAAGAAGCUGUCUUGAACAGACUGAGAGAGGCCGCAAGCUGGCUGAGCAAGAGCUGCUGGACAUCAGUGAGAGGGUGCAGCUGCUGCACUCACAGGUGUGAAAAUGAUUAUUUAGGGUGCUUAUUAGUAGUAUGCUACUGAUGUAUUGUACAUAUCCUCUGGACUGUCCCGCUGUUUAACAGUGGAAACAUAUUUUCAUCUGUAGAACACCAGCCUGCUGAACCAAAAGAAGAAGCUGGAGGGCGACACAAACCAGCUUCAGACUGAGGUGGAGGAGGCAGUCCAGGAGUGCAGAAAUGCUGAAGAAAAGGCCAAGAAGGCCAUUACUGAUGCUGCCAUGAUGGCAGAGGAGUUGAAGAAGGAGCAGGACACCAGUUCUCACCUGGAGCGAAUGAAGAAGAACAUGGAGCAGACCAUCAAGGACCUGCAGCACCGCCUGGAUGAGGCAGAACAAAUCGCCAUGAAGGGGGGCAAGAAGCAGGUUCAGAAGCUGGAGAACAGGGUGAGUGUAUCUUUUUUACAGUAGAUGUACAUGCUGUGCAUUAGAGCCAUAUGCAAAACAGCAAUAAUGGACCCUGUUACAUAGCCUAGAUGUUAUUUUUAUGUCAUGACAGGUGAGGGAGCUGGAGAAUGAGGUCGAGGCUGAGCAGAAGAAGAGUGCUGAUGCAAUCAAAGGAAUUCGUAAAUAUGAGAGGCGUAUUAAGGAACUCACCUACCAGGUGAUCUUUUAUUUAUAUUGUUGUUACCAUGACAGGCAUGCAUAGUUUGUGCUUUUAAGCAACUGACUGCCAUUUGCUAUGGGUUCUGUCUUUACAGACUGAUGAGGACCGCAAGAAUAUGGCCCGCCUCCAAGACCUUGUCGAUAAGCUGCAGCUGAAGGUGAAAGCCUACAAAAGAGCUGCCGAGGAAGCUGUAAGUGUGGACUUACUUAUAACAUUGGGGACCUUUCGCUUGCUUGAGUGUAUUGGUCUCUGCUUUUGCUGUAAUUAUGCUUGUUGUGUUUCUGUGUCACAGGAGGAGCAGGCCAACAACCAUCUGGGAAAAUUCCGCAAAAUACAGCAUGAGCUGGACGAGGCUGAGGAAAGGGCCGACAUCGCUGAGUCUCAAGUCAACAAGCUGCGUGUCAAGAGCCGUGAUGUUGGUUCCAAG